UAUGGCGCCAGAACUCAAGGGUUCGUCUUCAGCUGGAGGAUUCCACCCUGGGUUCUGUAAUGUUAGCUCUAAACACCCCGUACUUGGGCUGAUUUAUUCCCCAGAUCUCAGCGGUGUAAAGGCAGGAUGGUGGUCCUCCGCAGCGGCGGCUCGACCCCGCAGAAGCUGCAGCUGGACACCAGCUCCGAGUUCCUGUCGCUGCUGCCCGCCAAGCAGAGGACGAGCACCCGCUCCUCCCGCUCCCGCUCCCGCAACGACAGCUGCAGCAGCCCCGACAUCGGCGCGGAGAAUGGAUAUGCUGACGUAAAGCCAGGGGGAGGCAGUGGUUUCAAUCACUCUCUUCGGACAAGAGGACGAAGAGUUAAACUCGAGGUCUCUUUUGCUGACUCGGUGCCAGAAACCAGCUCUCCUUUGGAUGAAGGCAAAGUCGAAGGGUGCUGCACCAGAAAAUCUUCCAGGUUGCAGAGAGAGGGAACAAUUUCCAAUGGAAAACAGCAAGCAGAUGCUGCAGAUGAAGUGGAGGGGUCAUCCACUCCCAAAAGGAGUCGUGUUAACCUACGGAGACGAGAAAUGGAGGAGGAGGAAGAUGGUUCAGUGCGACGAAGCUCAAGAGUCACCAAAUACAAAUACAAAUCACGUAACCAGUCAGUACUGUACGACCGCCUCAUCACCAACACUGCUGAAGCUGUUCUUCAAAAGAUGGAUGACAUGCAGAAGAUGAGACGCCGUCUAAGGAGCAAAGACAAGGAUAGAGACACUAAAGAGGAGCAGCUGGGGUUGUACACAAGUGGCAGAAGGUCUCUGAGGGUGAAUGCCCAAAGUAAAAAAACUGAGGAGAGGGGCCAAGGAGUAGAUGAAGAUAACGAUGAUGAUAAGGAGGGGAAGGAGGAAGAGGAGGAAGAGGAGGAGGAAGGAGAAGAAGAAGAAGAAGGGGAGGAGGACGAGGAGGAGGAAGGUGACAACGAUGACGACGAUGAAGAUGGAGAGGAUGAGGAAGAAGAAAACCACAGACGUUAUGACUUCAGACAGAGAAAGACUGCGGUUCGCUACCAGGCACCACUGGAUGAACCCAGAGAGCCCAGGAAACACAGCAUGUAUUUCAAGGACCACUCCUCUCCAACCAGACGCAGGUUCAGAUUCAGCUUCACAUCCCCAAGGAGCCCCUACAACAGGAGGAGAUCAAGCAGAAGGAGGCAUGCCAUCCAUAGUAGUGACUCCACAUCCUCCUCCUCAGAUGAUGAGAAAUUCCAGAGACGCAGGGGCAAGAACAGGAACCGAUCGGUCAACAGAUGUUUGCCAAUGAACCUUUUAAAGGAAGACCUGCAGGGGAUCCAAAAAGACAGGAUGAAGAUUGGAGCCAGCCUCGCCGAUGUGGACCCCAUGCAGAUAGACAAGGCGGUGCGCUUUGACAGCGUUGGAGGUUUGAGCCGACACAUUUCAGCACUAAAGGAGAUGGUGGUGUUUCCUCUGCUCUAUCCAGAGGUCUUUGAGAGGUUCAAGAUCCAACCGCCCAGGGGAUGUCUAUUUUAUGGUCCUCCAGGCACUGGGAAGACCCUGGUAGCCAGAGCACUGGCCAACGAGUGCAGUCAGGAAGAAAGAAAGGUGUCAUUCUUUAUGAGGAAAGGAGCCGACUGCCUUAGUAAGUGGGUUGGCGAAUCAGAGAGACAGCUACGACUGCUAUUUGACCAGGCAUAUCAGAUGCGUCCAUCCAUCAUAUUCUUUGAUGAGAUCGAUGGCCUGGCUCCAGUCAGAUCCAGUCGUCAGGAUCAGAUCCAUAGUUCAAUUGUGUCAACCCUUCUGGCUCUUAUGGAUGGACUAGACAGUCGAGGAGAAGUAGUUGUUAUUGGAGCGACCAACAGACUGGACUCUAUUGACCCGGCUCUGAGAAGACCGGGGCGCUUUGACAGAGAGUUUCUUUUCGGCCUGCCUGACAGAGAGGCAAGAAGAGACAUUCUGAAGAUCCACACAAGACAAUGGACUCCUCCCCUCUCUGACAGGUUUCUUGAGGACUUUGCAGAUAAAUGCGUUGGGUACUGUGGAGCAGAUAUCAAGGCCGUGUGUUCAGAAGCUGCUCUGUGUGCCCUGCGGCGCCGCUACCCGCAGAUCUACUCGUCAACGCAGAAACUCGUGCUGGAUGUAAACUCCAUCGUCAUCACUAACAAAGACUUCAUGUACGCCAUGUCUAAGAUGGUGCCAGCUGCCCAGAGGGCUGUAGUGUCACCAACCAAAGCCUUGAUACCUGCUAUUCGUCCUCUGUUGAGCGCCACCUUGCAGAACAUCCUCAACACGCUCAGCAAAGUGUUCCCUCAUGCUGAGCAGGGAUUAAAGAGAAAAAGAGAAGAUGUGGCCUGUGGAGUUUUUGACGAUGAUGUGAUGUUUAGCGAGGAAGAGGACUAUGUGGGGUUAUCUGGUGAACCCAGUUGUCCGUCCCAACCAAAAACGACUGCAGCUAACGGCCUCCUAAACCUCAACAGGUGCGUGUUCAGCCAGCCGACAACCUACCGACCCAGACUUCUGCUGGAAGGCAGGCCAGGCUCGGGUCAGACUUCACAUUUGGCUCCUGCUGUCCUUCACGCUCUGGAAAAAUUCACAGUUUACACGCUGGACAUGGCUGUGCUCUUCGGGGCCAGUGCAACAGCCCCUGAAGAAACCUGUGCUCAGAUUUUUGUUGAAGCCAAACGGACCUCUCCCAGUAUCCUGUACAUCCCACACAUCGGCCAGUGGUGGGAAACAGUGGGUCCCGCCUUAAGGGCGACCUUCCUGAGCCUCCUCAACUCCAUCCCUGCCUUCUCUCCUAUACUGCUGCUGGCUACCUGCAGCCUUCACUAUGAUGAUCUGAGUAUGGAGGUGCAAGAGUUGUUUCGUGUUGAAUAUGGAGAGGUUUUCCAUGUCCUGCCCCCCACUUCCAGAGAGAGAAGGGCCUUCUUUGAGGAUCUACUUCUCAACCAGGCUGCAAAAGCCCCAGCUUCCAAAAAACAAGCAGUGAUCCAUGCAUUAGAAGUCCUUCCAGUCGCCGCUCCACCUGCCCCUCGACAGCUGACCAAAGAGGAGAGCCAGCGACUAGAGGAGCAAGAGGAAGGCACCCUUCGUGAGCUCCGUCUAUUUUUGCGGGACGUCACAAAUCGCUUGUCCCAGGAUAAGCGAUUCAAGGCCUUUGCAAAGCCGGUGGAUUUAGGAGAGGUUCCAGAUUAUGCUGAAGUAAUCAAGAAGCCCAUGGACCUGUCAACAGUUGCGUCCAAAAUAGACCGCCAUCAUUACGGGACAGUCAAAGAGUUUCUUGAGGAAGUGGAUCUCAUCUGGAAGAAUGCCCUGGAAUAUAACCCAGACAGGGAUCCUUCAGAUCGCCUGAUCCGCCACAGAGCAUGUGCAUUAAAGGAUACCGUCCAUGCUAUCAUCCAAGAAGAAUUAGAUGAGGAUUUUGAGAAGAUUUGUGAGGAGAUCAAACAGUCACGCAAAACAAGAGGUUGCUCCACCACACUUGCUCCCUCCUUCUACCACGUCCUCCCCAAACAGCCCCAACCUGCUCCAAAUGACAAUGUCAACAGCAGGAUUUCACAAAGCGAGACCGUUGAAUCCACAGUUGCAGUUUCAAAUAAUACAAGUUCCUAUUCUCUUACAACCCCUAAAAACACAGCCCGAAAGAAGAAACGUCGUAAAAGAAGCUGGAAAACUGGCUACAUUCCAAAGAAGAAAUCUUCUCCACAUGUGUCCAAAUAUGGUGCACAUUUGGGGUCUGAUGAGGAUGAUGGAGAAGGAGAUGAUGAGGAUGAGAGUGAGAAGAAAGGAGGGAGAGAGGGCAAUGUCACAGAAGAUGAGCAGAUGGUUGCUGAAGCUGAAGCAGAACCAGCACCUGCAUCACCCCAGAAAGAGAGUGUUGAGUCUGACCCAAGAGAACAAAAUGGUCAUGAGGAGGAGAUGCAAAGAGAAGAGAUGACACCAGUUGAAGAGGAGGUGGUCCUAUGUGGAGUAGGGAAACUCAAAAAUGACAUCUGGUCACCGAACACAAAUGAUACAACUGUCAAAUAUCAGUCAGAACCGGCUGAAAACGGAACCAGUAAGGAAGAAGACGAAAGCCAUGAAACUAUCUCAAUCAACACUAAGAAGGACAAUUGCAGCGGCACAGAGGGAGACAGUCCACACACUGCAACGGUAGAAACCAUCACUCAAGAACAGUCGAAGAUUGAGAUCGUCAAGAUUCAGUCUGCAGGAGAAGAACCAAAGAGCAAAGUAGUCGCAACAGAAGAAGCGGAGCUGAAAACUCCAGCUGAGCCAAUGGAGUUGGAUCCAACGUUAACCUCAAUCCCAGAUGCAGCUGCAGCCGCCGCGGGGGAGACGGACACAAGAACAGAGAACAACAUGAGGCGAAUGACUCGGGCUCUGAAAAACACUGUGCUGCAGCAGCAGAUGAUUGAUGUGGACAAAGCUCUGGAGAUCCUGCAUCAGGAGACGCCUCCUCUGGUUGUGGAUAGAGACAAAUUGAAGGAGCUGUUGGAGAAGGUUGUGUCAAAGUCUGAAGGAUACGAAGUCUACAAGCUGGAGAAACUCUAUUCGCUGCUCUGCCAGAGCAUCUACAGAAACAGAAGAGAGUACAACAAAACUGCACUGAUACAGGAGUUGGAACAAGAAAUUGAAGACUUCUCUUGAUUUUUCUGCCAGAAAAAGCAACCAUUUUAUCUUUCAUUCUUAGCAUCUUCUCAGCCGUGUAAAUAUACAUUGGUUUUAUUUUCAUAUAAAUAAAGCAAGCUUCUUUAUUUGUUUUCUAGCUUAAACUUUGAAUUGCCUUUUAUUGUUUAUAUGUAAUUAAAUGGUUAUCCUCUGUGAUUAUGGGCUGUUUUUUAUGAGCCCAACCUUUUAAGCUAACAUUAACUGUAGGACUAUAAAAUGUUUGUUUUGAAAAAUAAUGUAAUGCAACUAACAACGUGCCCUUUCCCAUAACUUCUAGUAAAUCUUUAUUUACUUGUCCACCACACUGUGCAAGUUACAUUUGGGUUGGAUAACAUUUUGUUUACUUAAAUUUUCUGAAUAUUCCUAUUAUAGACUAUCAGGUAUUUAUUUUUGUACGUCAAUCUACAUGAGAAAACAUCCACCAUCAAAGAAUAAUUCUUCCAGUUUUGCAUUUCAGAGCCCAGAGUAGUUUUAAAUAAAGUGUGACAAGUUAUAUAACAUGAUCUGUGCUUCUGCAGGAACUAGGUCAGUGAAUUUGUGACCUGUUUUUUUGUUUUGUUUUCUGAAGCUGUGUUAUAAACAUGGCAUCUGAAAUGUUGAAGCUGUUGGUGAUGAUUGUCAUAAAAUAAACUAAAUGGUUGUAUUACAAUGAA